CAGAAGAGUCCCCUCACCGGGCUAGCUGAAGCGUUUGGCUUAAUGGUAUGACAUAAGACCCGUGUAGAUACAUUAUCUACCUGCUAUCUGCGGAUACUAUCAGCAAACAGUUUCCAAACUGCAGGUCCUGACACUGGUGGUUCUGUGACUAUGGAUACAGAAGAUAACACCACUGUAUACGCAACCCUCAAGUCCUUCAAUUCCUUUAUCACCUGUCCUGAUCAUUCUCGGAGACUCUCGGAGCACUCAACAGCCGGAAGCAGCGACAUUCAGAUGCAGUACAAACGCAGCAUGGAGCUGUUGGACGCAGUGGAGAAGUCGCACUCUAUGAAUCUGAACAUUAGGAUGGAUCAGGAGAAGAAACAGAUGGAGAUGAGUCACAAGAGGGCUCGCUUUGAACUAGAGAAGGCUGUUUCUGAUAAUGCACGAGAAUUGGAGCGUGAAUUGGACCGGAACCAGGGACUCCUGGGGCAAAUUAGGAGGCUGGAGGAGAGAGAGGCCGAAGCAGCUCAGAGCCAGUCAGAACAGAUGGAUGCAAACAGAGUUCUUAGCAAGAACCUGGAGGGCUUGAACAAGAAAUUGGAGGAGCGAGACACUCGACUGAACACUGCUAACCAGGGAAACAGUGCUUUGAAAGAUGAAAUUAGAGAGCUGAAGCAGAAGGUUCAGAAUCAAGAAUGUACGAUAUCCUCUCAAACUCUUGAAAAUGAGGCACUGCAGGAACAGCUCGAUAUACAGCGCAGAAAGUACCAAGAUGUCUCCCAGCUUUGCCAAAGUCUCCAGUCUGCCCAGUCCACCUGCUCUGAUCAUAUCAUCAAAAUUAAGGAGUUGGAAAGGCGUUUAGCCCUCCAGGAGCAGGAUAUUGCUAUGGUGAGAAUGAUGAAAUCUGAAGUGGCCAGGGUUCAAGAUCUGGACAAGGAGGUGCGGCGCCUUCGAGAUGACAAUGCCUACCUCAGGGAGAGCAGAGAAAACAGUAGCCUGUUGAAGGAGGAGGUAGAAGGGCUGAGGAACAAACUGGAGCGGAUGGAGAAAACUAAGGAAGAGCUUGUCAAUAUGGAGCUGGAGAAAGAGAGGUUAUUUGAGAAGAUCCAAGCCUGGGAGAAACUUGGACAGUCCACUGGGCUCAACAUAAGGAAACCAGAGGAUCUGUCCAGGGAGGUGAUUCAGAUUCAGCAGAGAGAAAUCGCUCUGAAAGAGCAGAACUACCAACUCACCAGCCGUGUGAGGAGUUUAGAGCGUUCCCAGUUUGAGCUCCAAGGAGAGCUGUCCCAGCAGCGGGGCAAGACUCUAGAGGAGCAAAAGAAGAGAGAGACACAGGAUGCCCUGGUCCGACGCCUGCAGAAGAGGGUCCUGUUGCUCACCAAGGAGCGCGACGGUAUGCGUGCCAUCCUCGAGUCGUACGACAGCGAACUGGCCCCUACAGAGUACUCUCCUCAACUCAGUAAACGCCUAAGAGAGGCAGAGGAAAUACUGCUAAAGACACAGAGCCACCAUGCAGAGAUGGAGGUUCAGCUGACUAAAGCACAGGAAGAGACCAGGAACCUCAAACUGAAGCUCCAAACUGUGGAGUUGGAGCUGGAGUCUGUUAGGGCCCAGCAAGCCUCUGUUACCGAGAGCAACUCUUCAGUGACCAAAGAGGAGGUCGACAACCUUAGACAGAUGAUUGAAGAUCUAGAAGGGGCGCGACAGCAACUAGAGGAGAAGAACAACAUUCUGGAGAUGAGACUGGAGAGACACGACCUUCAGGGUGACUAUGAUCCGAUGAAGACCCGUGUCCUCCACUUUAAGAUGAACCCCACUAGUGUUGCUAAGCAACAGCGCCAGCAAGAAGUGGAGACUCUUCGAGAGGAAGUGACACGUCUGAGGGAACACCUGCGAUCGCUGCAGGACGGGGGUGCUCUGGCACUAAUACAUGAGGACGCUAGUACACACUCCCCCAACCUCAGACUCAGUUUGCCACCGUCUCAGGAGGUGCUCGACUUGCGUAAGCAAAUGGAGAGUUCUGAGCUGAGGAACCAGAGACUCAAAGAGGUGUUUCAGAAGAAGAUCCAAGAGUUCCGCACCGUCUGCUACAUCUUGACCGGCUACCAGAUUGACAUUACCACCGAGAACCAGUACAGACUCACAUCUGUCUAUGCAGACCACAUGGAUGACUGCCUGCUCUUCAAAAAGGGCUCAAGUGGAAGUAUGCAGAUGUUGGAGACAGAAUUCUCAGCGACUCUGGAAGAGAUGGUGUCACUUCACCUCCACCACCAGAAGAGCAUCCCAGCAUUCCUGUCUGCGGUGACCCUUGACCUCUUCAGCCGACAAACCACCAUUUGACCAUAUAAUACGUCACAGUGACCCCCCCCCCCCGCUGCAAAAAAAAGAAAGAAAAAAAUUGUAUGCACCAGGUAAAGUAUAUACAUUAAAAUGCCCUGUUACUUUGCAACAAAAACACAAAUUAACUCCUCUGGAAUAUUGUGGACAACACUGGUGCACACUUACAUGUUUAUGCUGUCACAUCAGAAUAGUGUCAGGAAAGCGCUUUCCAAAUUAAUACCUCAGUGUCUCAAGCACACUGAGUUUUAAUUAAGAAACAGUCCUUGCAGGCCUGUGUUUGAUAUUUUGGUUGUCUUGGUCCAUGCUUUUAGUUGUUUUUACUUGCUCUUUGUUAUGGUGAACUCUGUAGUCUUACUUAUAUUCUGCCUCUUCAGCUUCUCUCUCAGAUAGCCUCCUUUAUAAAAUUGCUUAGAAACGUUGCGUUUACAACCAAAUCCAAGCCCAUAAAAAUGAUGCUGAUAGUUAUCAUGGCAGUUAUUUUGCCCCCCCCCCUUUUUUCUGUGCGAUAUUAAAACUUAUCUUGAUCUUAUAAAUGAUGAUAUACUGAAAUUGAGGAUGUGGUGUGUGCUUUCUUUAAACAGUCAUUUUAACUUUCUUUUUGUUUUUGCUUUUUAACCCAUAUUUUAUGGUAAUAAAUAUGAAAAUGGAUCUAAGUUUUAACUCAAACCCUGAAUUUUUUUUUCCCAUAUUGACUGAGUUAAACCCUCAUCUUGUGUGUGCUUUUGUGUAUGAUGAUGCGUUCUAAGAAGAAUGUGAGGACAGGCAAACAACCUUCAAAGCAACAACAGAAGAAAAGCUGAGAAACUGGGCAACAGGUUUUAUUGAAUCACCCCUCAAACAAAGGGGGGAUUCAAUAAAAUGGUUGGAAAAAUAAAAGAAAGGGAACAGAGAGUAAAGCCAGUUGUCGGCAACAAUAUAAGAAGUGCGGGUGGUGCAGCCGUAUAUAUUACGCUAGAAAACAAUGUCAUGUGUACGCCCUAUAGUGUCUUAUUUUACCAGGCUGCAUAUCGGCAGUACAAUACAAGCCUCUGUUUUAUUUAUUUAUUUUGACUUGGAAGUAAAAGCUGGUGCUACCUAAAUGGUAAUUCAAUGGCUUUUUUUUUUAAACACUCAGUGAUAUCUGCAAAAUGUCCCCCUUGCAGAGGUGUGGAGAGGGGAGUAAAUGUUAGAAAACAGCGUAAUGCAUUAGAGAUUCAAGUCAGUUUAAAAAGCCCUUAGCGCAAGUUCCGUUGAGAUGACCUCACUUUCAGCAUUUGCCUCAUCUUUCCCGGCCACCCGUCUUUGACGUUACGUCGGACUACAAGUCUUGUACUUUUCAGUCAGACUAACUUUUGGGUGCAGAAGUUUCCUCUGCGUUUUCAACAUUCACAUUGGCAUUUUAUGGCCUGUUUGUGCUGUUUACACGUUCUUCAGCUUUUCGUCUCUCGAGGUGAUUCCAUUUUUUUCAGUCGCUUCAAUCCAGAUUUCUAGAAAAUCACAAA